AUGUUCCAAUACCUCCGUGAUUCCAACAACUCUAAGAACCAGGUCUCUGAGUUCAUUUUGAUGGGAUUCCCAGGCAUUCACAGCUGGCAACACUGGCUUUCCCUGCCCCUGGCUUUUUUCUACCUCUUAGCAAUAAGUGCCAACAUCCUUAUCCUGAUCAUCAUCAAACAAGAGGCAACGUUGCAUCAGCCUAUGUACUAUUUCCUGGUUGUCCUGGCUGUGGUAGACAUGGGCCUGACCACCACCAUUAUACCCAAGAUUUUAUCUAUUUUGUGGUUCAGAGCUAUGGCUAUCAGUCUCCCUGAGUGCUUUGCUCAGAUGUAUGCUAUACAUUGUUUUUUGGCCAUGGAAUCAGGGAUCUUUGUCUGCAUGGGUAUAGACAGAUAUGUGGCCAUUUGUCAUCCUCUUCGCUACUCAUCUAUCAUAACAGAAUCAUUUGUUAUCAAAGCUACUGUCUUCAUGACACUCAGAAAUAGUCUUUCUACCAUGGCCGUGCCUGUGUUGGCUGCUCAAAGACACUACUGCUCCCAGAACCAAGUUCAGCACUUUCUAUGCUCUAAUCCUGCAGUUACUCGUCUAUCCUGUGAUGACAGAAAAAUCAACAACAUCUAUGAGCUAGCUCUGGCCUGGACAAUCACGGGAGGCGAUCUAGGGUUGAUUAUUUUAUCAUAUGCUUUGAUACUUCACUCUGUGCUGAAGCUAAAUUCAGCAGAAGCAGCAUCAAAGGCCUUAAGUACCUGCUCUUCCCACCUCAUCCUAAUCCUUUUCUUCUACUCUGUUGUUGUUGUCCUUUCUAUCACCCAUAGUGCAUCAAAGACAGUUCCUCUUAUCCCAGUUCUAGUCAAUGUACUCCACAGUGUCAUUCCUCCUGCCCUUAAUCCAAUAGUGUAUGCUCUCAAGAACAAAGAACUUAGGCAGAGUUUAUAUAAGGUUCUCAAGGUGAAUAUAAAAAAAACUUAA